CAUGUUUUAACUCAAACACACAAAACAAACUAAACCCACUUACUCUAUUUUCUUCAUAGAGAAAGUCUGAGAUAUCAGCAAAGGGUGGCCUGGGCUGCAUUUUCCGGCAAGAAAUGACAAGUUCUGGCGGCGGCCCCGCCAGGGGUCGUCUUUGGCCUCGAUUGGCCUUGGCAUUGGCUGUUGUUUUUGUUUCAAGUAGUGUGAGUUCAGUGUAUGGAGAUGCUUAUCCUUACUAUUCUCCACCUCCGCCACCUUAUAAGUAUACCUCUCCUCCACCACCUUCUCCUUCACCACCGCCACCUUAUGUGUAUAAAUCACCACCUCCACCAUCUCCUUCUCCACCACCGCCACAUUAUGAGUACAAGUCUCCUCCUCCACCUUCUCCAUCUCCACCACCUCCUUAUGAGUAUAAAUCACCACCUCCUCCAUCUCCUAAACCUCAUUAUGAAUAUAAGUCACCACCGCCACCAUCUCCAUCACCUCCACCACCUUAUGAAUAUAAGUCACCACCACCACCUUCUCCAUCACCACCCCCACCAUAUGAAUAUAAGUCUCCUCCACCACCUUCUCCCUCUCCACCACCACCUUACUACUACAAAUCUCCACCACCCCCAUCCCCAUCUCCACCCCCACCGUACUACUAUAAAUCUCCUCCACCUCCUUCACCAUCACCCCCGCCUCCUUACUACUACAAGUCUCCUCCACCACCGGUGCAUUCCCCUCCACCACCUUAUUACUAUAAGUCUCCACCACCACCUUCACCUUCACCUCCACCACCAUAUUACUAUAAGUCUCCACCACCUCCCUCACCUUCACCUCCACCACCUUAUUACUACAAGUCCCCACCACCUCCAUCUCCAUCACCUCCACCACCAUACUACUAUAAGUCCCCACCACCUCCAUCACCAUCCCCUCCACCACCUUAUUACUAUAAAUCCCCACCACCACCCUCACCAUCACCUCCACCACCUUACUACUAUAAAUCACCACCACCACCCUCACCAUCACCUCCACCACCAUAUUACUACAAAUCACCUCCACCUCCUUCCCCAUCACCUCCACCACCUUACUACUAUAAAUCACCACCACCACCCUCACCAUCACCUCCACCACCAUAUUAUUACAAAUCUCCUCCCCCACCUAAAAAAUCACCUCCACCACCUUACUACUAUAAAUCACCACCACCUCCCUCACCAUCACCUCCACCACCAUAUUACUACAAGUCUCCUCCACCACCUAAAAAAUCACCAGCUCCUACUCCAUAUUACUACAAGUCUCCACCUCCACCCUCACCAUAUCCUCCUCCUCCUUACUACUACAAGUCUCCACCACCCCCGGUGCAUUCACCCCCUCCACCAUACUACUAUAAAUCUCCACCACCACCAUCGCCAUCUCCUCCUCCUCCGUAUUACUAUAAAUCUCCACCACCUCCCUCACCAUCUCCUCCACCACCAUACUAUUACAAAUCUCCACCACCACCAGAAAAGUCUCCAGCUCCAACACCAUAUUAUUACAAGUCCCCACCACCACCAAAGUCGUAUCCUCCUCCAUACUACUACACUUCUCCACCACCACCCAAGAAGUCUCCUCCACCUCCUUAUUACUACAAAUCACCACCACCUCCAGAGAAGUCACCAGCUCCAACACCAUACUAUUACAAGUCCCCACCACCACCUAAAGCAUAUCCUUCACCAUACUACUACAAGUCUCCACCACCACCUAAGGCGUAUCCUCCACCAUACUACUACACUUCUCCUCCACCUCCUGCCCCUUACCCUCACCACAAUCCCCACCAUUUCGUAGUUAAGGUAGUAGGCAAAGUUUACUGUUAUAGAUGCUAUGACUGGAAAUACCCAGAGAAGUCACACGACAAGAAGCAUCUCAAAGGUGCUGUAGUGGAGAUAACAUGCAAGGCAGGGGAGAAGGAAGUUAAGGCAUACGGAAAGACAAAGAGCAAUGGUAAAUACAGUAUUACUGUUAAAGGAUUUGAGUAUCGGAAAUACGGUGGCAAGGCUUGCAUGGCUAAGCUUCACAUGGCACCAAAACACUCGGCAUGUAAUAUCCCAACAAACUUGCACUCAGGCAAGAAAGGUGCUAAAGUUCACGUGAAAUCCAAGACUAAGUAUGAAGUUGUUCUUUCUGCUAAGCCUUUUGCUUAUGCUCCUAAGAAACCUUACAAGGAGUGUCACAAGCCCAAACCUGUGCCUACACCCUCACCUGCUCCUUACUACUAUAAAUCACCACCGCCGCCGGUGUAUUCACCGCCUCCACCUUACUACUACAAAUCCCCACCACCACCAUCUCCAUCACCGCCACCUCCAUACUAUUAUAAAUCUCCACCACCACCAUCACCGUCUCCUCCUCCACCUUACUACUAUAAGUCUCCACCACCUCCAUCACCACCACCACCACCACCAUACUACUAUAAAUCUCCACCACCUCCAUCACCAUCACCACCACCUCCAUAUUACUACAAGUCACCACCACCACCGGUACACUCACCUCCUCCACCUUACUACUACAAGUCCCCACCACCUCCAUCACCAUCACCGCCACCUCCAUACUACUAUAAGUCACCACCGCCGCCGGUACACUCACCUCCUCCACCUUACUAUUACAAAUCUCCACCACCGCCGGUACACUCACCUCCUCCACCUUACUACUACAAAUCUCCACCCCCACCAGUACACUCACCACCACCUCCUUACUACUACAAAUCCCCACCCCCUCCAUCACCAUCACCGCCACCUCCUUAUUACUAUAAGUCACCACCACCGCCGGUACACUCACCUCCUCCACCUUACUACUACAAGUCCCCACCGCCGCCAUCUCCAUCACCGCCACCUCCUUACUACUAUAAGUCACCACCACCGCCAGUACACUCACCUCCUCCACCUUACUACUACAAGUCCCCACCACCUCCAUCACCAUCACCUCCACCUCCUUAUUACUAUAAGUCACCACCUCCGCCAGUACACUCACCUCCUCCGCCAUACUACUACAAGUCCCCGCCACCACCAUCACCAUCCCCGCCACCUCCUUACUACUAUAAGUCUCCACCACCACCCGUACACUCACCUCCUCCACCAUACUACUACAAGUCCCCACCACCGCCGGUACAUUCACCUCCUCCACCUUACUACUACAAGUCGCCACCACCUCCAUCACCGUCCCCACCACCACCAUACUACUACAAAUCCCCACCACCACCAUCUCCAUCACCUCCACCACCAUACUACUAUCACUCACCUCCCCCACCAGUGAAGUCACCGCCGCCACCAUACUACUACAACUCACCUCCUCCGCCCAUGAAAUCACCUCCUCCUCCAGCAUACAUUUAUGCCUCUCCACCACCACCAACUCACUACUAGGCUCGAAAAGUCCAGUCAGAUACCAGCAUCAGUUAUAUUAUAGUUUCAACAAUGUAAUAAAGGAAAGCUCCAAGAACAAAAAUUGUGAAUAUGAAGCUUCUUGUCCAAGUCAUCCAUUGAAUAAGGAUCUGAAUUCAGGCCAGACUGCAUCAAUUUCUAUUAUGGCCAUGUUGCAUCUCAUCAUCUUAUUAUCUUCAACUGAAAAUUGUUUCAAAGAUUUACUUCUCCAAAGAAAGAUGAAGGAGGCUUGGAAGUAGAAGUGGCCGUUUUUUGUCCAUUGUUUUUGUUAUUUAUUCAUCUCUCUAAUUUAUUAGUGCAUUGUUAGUGCAUAGGGUACAGCCUUUGUUUCAUUGGGCUCUCUCUAUUUAUUGUGAGCAAUUGUUCUUGGAGCUUCUUGUUGUUUGUGCCAUCAGAGUUUUAGUAAUAAAAUUGAGCAUUUUUCUGUCACUAAA